CUUAGUUCCUUUAUGCUUUAACUUCUGGUCACCAACCUAAACAAACCAUUCAUUACCUCAGUCCCAACAAGACCAUGAGGACCACAUGCAGCUGCCUUCUUCUGGGAUUUGUUAUUCGUCAAGGGAUUUGUCUUGGAUUUGUCGUGCACAAAGAUGAAAGAGGGUCAGGUGGUCCACGACAAUGGCGAUUAGACGAAUUAUGGAAGCUUUAUGGUAAUGUUUCUGUGGAUGAUGAAGACAGUACUACCAAUGGCAGUGGCGUAUCCAUCGACUGUUGUCCUAAUUCUGUUUCACAUAAUAAAUCCAGCUGUGUUUGUGAAGAAGGAUACAGGGAAAUGACAACUUUGGGAACUGGUCAGACCAAUUAUGAGAUUUCUGUGGAUGAUGAAGACAGUACUACCAAUGGCAGUGGCGUAUCCAUCGACUGUUGUCCUAAUUCUGUUUCACAUAAUAAAUCCAGCUGUGUUUGUGAAGAAGGAUACAGGGAAAUGACAACUUUGGGAACUGGUCAGACCAAUUAUGAGAAAAUUCCCUACCACUGCCAACCAGAUAUUGUAAGACAAAAUGAUGUGUGUUUCAAUGCAACAAAACCAGAGAAUCACUUCAGUCAUAACAACAGUUUCUACUGCUCAGUGGUAGGGCCAGCCUUCGACGUUUUGUUAUCCUUCUGUGAAAAUGGCAGUGUGACACCAACUUCCUUGCAGGACACAGUGGGCUCCUUUGACGAACUUCUUGUCAGCAGUUCCCUACAGAGUAUUGAAACUAAUGAAGAGCGUGUAUCAGCUGUGACAUUGGUUUUGGACGGACUGGCCUCAGUCGCAGUUGCAAAAGCUAUUGCAUCUCCAGAGCACCAACGUCAGACUGUGGUUACUAACUCAAUAGUGAUCCAAACCCACAUAAUCAGUGAAGAGGUUAUUUCAAAAAAUGAAGCUCUGCAUUUAGAGGCUCAAGAAGACCAAUUGGACAUUGAUCCCAGGGCAGUGAUUGACAGGUUCACCGAAGGUCCUGUUGCUGUGGCCUUUAUGUCAUACAGUGGACUGGGAUCACUCCUGAGUGGGAUUCUUUUGCAGGAUGAGACUCAGCAGAGCAGGGGAAUUCUGGGAGAAAUCUUCCACAUGAACUCCAGGAUGCUAAGCGUUUCCACCAGCCACUGGGCGAGGAAUAUUUCCAGCCCUGUCAACCUCACUUUUCGUCACCUUGAGAAUAAAGUUCCCCAGGAAAAAGUGGUUUGUGUCCACUGGGACUCUGCAAGCAGAAGUGGUGCCUGGUCCCCUGAGGGCUGCCGUCUCCUCCAGUCUAACAGCACUCAUUCAGAAUGCAGCUGUCAGUACCUGUCCAACUUUGCUGUGCUGAUGGCCCCCACUCCCAAGCAGGGAGCUCUGAUCCUCUCCAUUAUCAGCUACAUUGGACUCACCAUCUCGCUCAUCUGCCUCUUCCUGUCCAUUGUUACCUUUCUCUUUUGCCACUCCGUCCAAAACAGCAGCACCUUCAUCCACCUGCAGCUGAGUUUGUGCCUCUUCUUUGCUGACCUCCUCUUCUUAAUCGGAAUUGACAAAACAUACAACAAGAUCCUAUGCUCAGUCAUAGCUGGGACACUGCAGUACCUCUUCCUGGCCUGUUUUGUGUGGAUGUUCUUGGAAGGCGUGAACCUCUUCAUCAUCGUCAAGAACCUGAAAGUGGCAAAUUAUGGUGGUGCCAGCAAGGGCAUGAAGAUAUCCAUGUACCUCUGUGGCUAUGGGCUCCCUGCCAUGAUAGUUGGCACUUCUGCAGCAAUUUCACCUGGCUCAUAUGGGACCCAUUAUCACUGCUGGCUUAACCAUGAGAAAGGUUUUAUCUGGAGUUUCCUGGGACCUGUCUGUGCCAUAAUCAUGAUCAACAUUAUGUUUUUCUGCCUUAUUCUGAUGAUCUUGCGUAAGAAACUUGCAUCUCUCAAUUCAGAGAUAACUACCCUCAGAAAUAGCAGGUCACUGACAUUUAAGGCAAUGGCCCAUGUAUUCAUCCUGGGCGUGACUUGGUGUCUAGGCCUCUUUCAGUUUGGCCCUCUGGCUGACGUAAUGGCAUACCUGUUCACAAUCACCAACAGUGUGCAGGGAUUCUUCAUCUUCCUGGUGCACUGCUUGCUGAACAAGAAGGUGAGAGAAACAUACUGGCAUUUGAUUUCUUGCAAGAAAGAUAUCAAGUCUCCUGUUUCUGAGAUGACAAUGACUUCUGUCCCCAUCACCAAUCCCAUGAGGAACGAGGAAAGCACCGCUUCAGGGAAUCAACAGAUGGUGGGAUGGGGGGCACAGCCAUAAUCAAAUACCAUGUUUUGGUCUCUUCUUUCUGUAUCCAAAAUACAAAUGAAUGAAACUGGACGAACUACAUGAAUUUUUCAUAUCCAGACAAUUAUUCCUUGUUUGGUUGCCUUCCAGCUUUUUAAUGUACCAGGAUUAAAAAAAAACACGGAAAUCCUCAUAUUCAACAUGGCUUGUUAACCAUGCUGGUAUCCUUUGGGCUUUCAUGGUACUGUAUCUUUCCUGAUCUGUAGUAUACAGUCAGUGGGUAGUGAAGCAACCUAAAAAACUCAUUGAUCAAGAAACUCCCCAAUGUCCAAGCAAGUUGAAAAGGCUGCCAAGUUUGGCCCUUGAAUCACAUGCCUCAUCUGGUCAGAAUGUGAAAUUGUGAAAGGAGGCAGUGAAAGCAGAUGUUGCUCCAGAGAAACCACUAGAUGGUGAGGGGGCACAGUCCUGUCACCGCCACACAGUUUAGGACAAUAUGUGAUUAUCAAAAAGGGCAGGCAUGGAGAACUUUUGACCCUACAGUCCCAUCAUCCCUGAACACUGACCAUGCAGGUUAGGGCUGAACUGCAGCUCAACAACGUAUGGGGGCCCACCGGUUCCCUGUCCCUGCAAGAGGAGUGCUUGUAUCUGUGACAACUCUCCAGUUCUGCGCGUGGUAUUAGUGUACAGUACUUGCUGUGUAUUAUUUAUAGGGCACAAAAAAGAAAAUAAAU